UCUUCACAGGAGAAUCUAGACAAAAAAAGAAAACAAGCCAAAGGGACUGAUACAAGCAGAAUGCUAGAGAGUGUCGGACGAUAUAGUGUUGAUUUUACAGCUGAGGUCCAAAAGCUUGUGUUUUUAAAAGAGGCUUCAUUUGAUUAGUGAAUGCACGAACAACAACCUUUUCAGCCAUAACCUCGUUCUAUUUGCGUAUUCAAAUGUAUGUGUAUGGUGAACUAUGGCCUAUCGACGCUUUCCUUAUCAUUCCAUGUGCAUGUGGUAAUUGUUUCUGCAUAGUUUGUGUCUCUCAUUAAACUCAAAGGUGCGUUAUUGUGACCUGUUACACAUGACGGCACCGUGACUUAAGAGGAUUUAGGAAAACCUUUUUCGCAGAUUGUUUAUGCUGUUACAUUGACGGGGUUACUCCACCGAUUAAUACAUUAACAACGCGGCAGCUGCCGGUUAGAGUAAAAAUGCUCCCGCACCUUCCUGCAGCGUGCACACUUUCCGCGCAUUGUGCAGCCAAGCGCCUCCUAACCUCCUCCCUCAAAUUAUGACACAAAGGUCACAGCACAACAGUUCGGCAAAGUUAUUAAAUAUGGACACAUCUGUCGAAAAUUCUUUAAAAUGAAAUUAAGAUAAAAACCCAAUUUAAAAGCAGGCAAAAGCCAUAUUGUAGGUUAUAAAAGGCAAGCAAGAAGCUGCUGGGGAAAAGCGCCCACUGGGCGCGCAGAGGCAGCAGCGUCAGCAUCAGGACCCAAGGUGGGACGAAGGGUAGCGCCGGGCGGACAGGUGCUCAAGCGGCGGCUGUGAAUGGGCUGAGAGGCACAGUUACGGAUUUUCUACCACGUGAAAGUGAAGUUAUUUGGCGCAUCGGUCCUCUGCGAGGUGAGUGGGACAUCCUGUCAAGACUUUGAUUUGUUUACAUUUGAGACAUUGAAGAUGAUUCAUGGAGACGAGGAAAUCGAAUGUCGGUGUUUUGGUGGAGCGUGCACGCGCAGACAAGCUUCAGGCCCAUGAUAUUCCUGAAGAAACAACAAACAGUGUGACAUUACUUGGUGAUCUCAUCAUGCGGUGUCCUGUUUUUCGAGUCUCCUUGCGUGCCUCUCCUUAUCAUGUGCACACUGCUGCCUUCCUCUCUGCCCGAAGGAGCAGACUGACAGACAACACAUCUUUUUGUUCAGCCACCCUACAUGUUUAGUGCGAAUGCACACAGCUCAACUAACGCCGUUAUUUGUGGGACAUUUUAAUUAUUGGAGUAGUAUUGUUACCGCCAGUUUUGUACUCUAUCUGCCACAGCGUUUUAACUUUUUUUUUGUUUUUUUCACCUGCCCUGAUGGAGAAGAGCAGCAGAACAAAAAUCAACAAGGGAUCUUUAGAAAGCUACCAACAACUGUGGAGGAAUGAGGGGGGAACCAUGACCCUGCAGCAAGUUGGUGCCCGACCCCGGCGACAAGUAUUUCGGGGAGCCGGUUACCUGUAUCACGCCGAAUCCUCCUCCUGCCUUUCCACCACGGAGGAACUCUUCUUAGAAGCCGCAGAAUACGGCAACACUCCCGAAGUGAGGCGCAUGCUGGAGGAGCUGCCGGAGCUCGACGUCAACUGUGUCAACUACAUGGGCCAGAAUGCACUGCAGCUGGCGGUUGCCAACGAGCACCUAGAGGUGAUUAAGCUCCUGCUCAGGAAGAAGGACCUCUCUAGAAUAGGAGAUGCUUUGCUGUUGGCCAUCAGCAAAGGCUACGUCCGUAUCGUGGACGCCAUAUUGAGCCACCAGGCCUUUGCGGACGGGGAGAGGCUGACCAACAGACCGAGCCAGGCAGACACGCACGAUGACUUCUUUGCUUACGACGAGGAUGGCACGCGUUUCUCUCAAGACAUCACUCCAAUCAUCCUGGCCUCUCAGUGCCACGAGUAUGAAAUCGUUCAUAUACUCCUCACGAAAGGGGCCCGGGUGGAGCGGCCCCAUGAUUACUUCUGCCAGUGCGUGGCCUGCAGCGAGCAGCGGAGGCAUGACUCGUUCAGCCAUUCACAAUCCCGCAUUAACGCUUAUAAAUGUCUGGCCAGUCCGGCGUAUCUGUCCCUCUCCCAUGAGGACCCAGUGAUGGCGGCUCUGGAGCUGAGCAACGAGCUCGCAGUACUGGCCGACAUUGAGAAGGAGUUCAAGAAUGAUUACAAGAAAUUAUCCAUGCAGUGCAAAGACUUUGUGGUGGGAGUCCUGGAUUUGUGUCGGAACACGGAGGAGGUGAAGGCCAUCUUAAAUGGGGACAUCGAAUCAAGUCAAAGCUCUGAGACCUUGGGCAGACAAAACCUUAUCAGGUUAAAACUUGCAAUCAAAUAUGAAGUUAAAAAGUUUGUGGCACAUCCAAACUGCCAGCAGCAACUCCUGUCCAUCUGGUACGAAAACUUGUUGGGACUACGUCAGCAAACCACAGCAGUGAAGAACCUUCUCGUCCUCGGUGUAGCUGCUGGGUUGCCUGUGUUGUCUUUUAUUUACUGGGUAGCACCAUCAAGUAAGGUGGGGAGACUCAUGUGUGGACCUUUCCUGAAGUUCGUGGCCCAUGCAGCCUCCUUCAUGAUGUUUCUCUGCCUGCUGGUCCUGAACGCAGCAGACCGUUUGGGGGGAACAUCGCUGCUGCCCAACAUGACAACCCACGAUUACCCCUCUCAACUGUUUCGUAUGAAGACCACCCCCUUCACCUGGAUGGAGAUUCUCAUCAUAUCCUGGGUCAUAGGAAAGAUCUGGGAAGAAUGCAAAGAUAUUUGGGCGCAGGACAUCCGGGAAUACCUCUCCGAACCCUGGAACCUUCUUGACUUCAGUAUUUUAGCCAUUUUCAUGACCUCUUUCAUUGCCCGAUUAAUGGCUUUCUGGCAUGCAUAUUCUGCCCAGUGUUAUGUCGACAUGCACCUCAUUGACCUGUCCAACAUGACCUUGCCCUCUGAGAUACAGUACUUCCAGCUGGCCCGGAUCAACUGGAUGCCCUCAGACCCGCAGCUUAUUUCUGAGGGCCUCUACGCGAUAGCAGUUGUGCUCAGUUUCUCCCGCAUUGCAUACAUCCUGCCUGCCAAUGAGAGCUUCGGGCCGCUGCAGAUCUCUCUGGGAAGAACAGUGAAAGACAUCUUUAAGUUCAUGGUGAUUUUCACAACGGUUUUCGUGGCCUUCAUGGUGGGGAUGUUCAAUCUGUACUCGUACUACCUCGGAGCCAAGUACAACGAUGCCUUCACGACGCUUGAAGAGAGUUUUAAGACGUUGUUUUGGGCCAUCUUCGGCUUGUCAGAAGUGAAAUCGGUGGUCAUUAACAUCGACCAUAAAUUCAUUGAGAACAUAGGCUACGUUCUGUAUGGGGUCUACAACAUCAUCAUGGUGAUCGUCUUGCUCAAUAUGCUCAUUGCCAUGUUCAACAGCUCCUUCCAGGAAAUAGAGGAUGACUCUGAUGUUGAGUGGAAGUUUGCCAGAGCAAAGCUCUGGUUCUCGUACUUUGAGCAAGGUGGGACCCUGCCUGUCCCCUUUAACCUGGUUCCCAGUCCCACGUCUGUCAUUUCCUUCUUGUUGGGAAUAAGAGAAUUCCUCUGGCAUGUACCUGAAGACCAAAGUGGAGAAAAUUCAAUCGACGAGAUGGAGCUCAGCAAGCUGAGGCAACAGGAAGACCUGAGUGUGGAAGCAUCUCUUUGUCCAACCCGUCACCAAAAUAUAAUGAAUCGCCUCAUCAAAAGAUACAUCUUAAAAGCACAGAGAGUUAAAGAUAAUGAUGAAAUUAAUGAAGGUGAACUGAAGGAAAUUAAACAGGACAUCUCCAGUCUCCGCUACGAGCUGCUGGAAAGGACGGACCACGACACGGAGAGGCUGGCAAAACUCAUCAGCCAACUGGGAGGAGUCAUGCAUGCUCGGGAGGGAGAGGAGAAGAAGAAUGAGCCAACUAUACUGUCUUAGAAACAAUUAAAAAAAGACUGGAUAUGUAUUUACUUGACACAUUGCUGUUUCCUCGUUAAUGGGGCGUUCAGUCAAAGUGGCACACAUUAGCCACUGACAAAUUAAAAUUAAUAUUCUUUAUUUCUAAUAAAAAAAGUGGUCAACAUGUCUCUACCUUUGAGAACAACUCAUUAAAUUUUCUUUUUACGCUGUCAUUGUAGAUGCACACUUAAUCGUGGUGGCACUAAUGGAUUUUGAAUUUUGUUGCACAAAUAUGUACUAAUGACUGGUAACAUAUGAUGGUGCUGCCAGUUACCAGCUGUUUGUGGUUUGAUUUUGAGGCCAUCUUUUUCCGUCUGCAGUAGAAAAACCUGUUCAAAUAAAUAUGCAUUAAAAAGAAGCAGAUGUUUGGAUGUGUCAGGUUCACAAGUCGGAUUUAAUAUCCAAAUAAAUGAAGACUUGUUGAUGA